GAGCUGGAGGAUCUGAACUCAGUCCGGGUGGAAGCUCUCGUUUCUCCAGAUGCUCUCACGCACGUUGGACCUUCUGGAUCUGAGACUCUGAGUUUCCAGGAGCUUUCCUCACCAGGCUCUGUGGGUUUCCCCGGUGAUGACCUCACUGCUGUUCCCUGGCCACGCCCACGCUGCGAUGAAGGACCUCUCCUCCUCCUCCUCUCCUCUCACCACCCUGCUCCACUACCCGUCCUCCAAAACCUCCGCCGCGCCCUUCUCGCCAUCCGCCGGCCCCGCCUCCUCGCCGGGCUCCACGCUGUCGUCGUCGGCGCCGCUCUCCAAACCUCCGCCCUUCUGCCUGCAGACGGGUCCGCACCUCAUCGCCAGCAUGCAGCUGCAGAAGCUCAACUCGCACUACCAGAACCUCACCGGGGCUUCUGCUGGUCACCCGGCGCCCGGCGGAGCUCCGAGGGGCUUCGGACCCUCGCCCCUGGGCUCCGGGAACCAGCUCCUGGGCCCGACUGGAGGCCUGGGCGGGGGCGGGAUGGGGGUCGGGAUCACCAUGGCCACCCAGAGCGCCGGCGCAGGUGGACUUAUCGACUUUGACCCGGUGGACGAGGAGGUCCUCAUGUCCCUGGUGGUGGAGCUGGGCCUGGACCGGGCCAACGAGCUGCCCGAGCUCUGGCUGGGACAGAACGAGUUUGACUUCAUGUCCGAUGUGCCGGCCGGGUGCUGACACUCGG